CCAAUAUUAGCUCACACGCCCAUCAUGCUCUGCUCUUAGCUGCUAUUGGACAGAACGUGUAAUGGGCGGGGAUUAUUGACAGAACAGAUGGGAGAUCCUGCUCUUUCUGCUCAGUACCGGCAAGCAAAUAAUCUACCCGGGGAGCUGGCUGCCUUCCAGGGACGAGCGCCGGAGCCAUGUGGGUCUUCGGUUACGGGUCGCUGAUCUGGAAGGUGGACUUCCCUUAUGUGGAAAAGCUUGUGGGCUAUAUUACCUGCUAUAGCAGGAGGUUCUGGCAGGGAAGUACUGACCACCGAGGGGUCCCAGGCAAGCCUGGAAGAGUUGUCACUCUUGUUGAAGAUCCAGAGGGCUGUGUAUGGGGUGUUGCGUACAGAUUGCCUGAGGGUAAAGAGGAAGAAGUUAAAGCUUACCUUGACUUCAGAGAGAAAGGAGGCUACAGGACUAGUACUGGUGUCUUUUAUCCAAAAGACCCUUCAAUCAAACCAUUUAAUGUGCUGCUGUAUAUUGGAACAUGUGACAACCCCGAUUACCUCGGCCCUGCACCCUUAGAAGACAUUGCAGAACAGAUCUUGAACGCUGUUGGGCCCAGUGGAAGAAACACAGAAUACCUAUUUGAACUAGCUAAUUCCCUGAGAAAUCUUGUUCCCGAAGAUGCAGACGAGCAUUUGUUUUCUCUAGAGAGGCUAGUUAGGCAGCUUUUGGAAGCACACCGAAACCUAAAUUGUAUAUAAUAUUACGGGGUCAAUGAUUGCUUUAUCCAAUGUCCAAAGCUUUCCUCAAGUCUAACCACUUGCACGGUUCAGUAAUAUGUCCACAUUUUAUUUAUGCUGCAUAGGAUGUGACAAAGCCCCUUCUCAUUUUAACUGUAACGAUAAAUGCUUUUCACAACAUGAAUCUAUCAACCACAUUAAAUCUGUUUUUAAAAAGUACUGUAUUUUUUUGAGUGUAGAUAUUUAUUGGUAUAAUGGUUAGCAAUAUAUUUGUUUCUAAAGGGGAAAAGGUGAUAUUUUAUAUCAGUAUAGUGAAUUACAAUAGUGCUUUUGGUUCACUAAUAGAUAAUCCCAAAGUCUAGCCCAUGCAUAUUACCUUAAUAUGUAAAAUGAUUAGGAAUUAAAUAUUUUAUACAACA